GUCCUUGGUAGUGGUCAGACGUUUCAUGCCAGCGCUGGCAAAAUAAGCCCCACAUCUGCAUGGCUGGAGAAUCAGAGGUUGCGAACACCAAGGACGGCGAUGGAGACUUUGAGGCCUCCGCGUUCGAGGCCUUGGAGCGGGACUUCCAGGAGAUUCUGCAGGAGCUGGUCGGCGACAAAUCUCUAGAGCACUUCCGGAACGAGUAUGAGAAGCUACACAGAGCUCUCAAGAAGUCUCAUGAGAGCGAGAAGCAUCUCAUCAAGAAGUGCAGAGAACUCAACGCUGAAAUAGUGCAGAAUGCGGUUAAAGUCCAAACGGCGCUCAAGCUGUCACAAGAGGAUCAGGCAACCAUCACAGCCCUGAAAAAAGAGAUCGAGCGCGCCUGGAAAAUGGUGGAGGCGUCGCACGAGAAGGAGCAGCGCGCCAGAGAAACCAUCCAGAACCUGAAGUCGGAGAUCACCAAGCUGGGCCGCCUGGUUGAGCAAGGUGCUGGACUGAGCAUCAACCAGGAGAACAUGGUGAACCAGCUGGUGCAGGAGAAGAAUGACCUGGUGAAGCACCGGGACAUGCUGCAGGGCCAGGUCCAGCAGAUGCAGCAACAGAACACCGACCUGACGGCGAAGGUAGCGAAGCUGGAGCAGGAGCGGCUCCAAGGCAACGGCGAGCUUCAGAAGCUCCGGGAAGCCUUCAACCGGCUGCUGGAGGAUGCGGAAAAGCAGCAGAAGAGGAAAGAGAAGUUGGACAAGGAUCUGAAGGACAUGAGAACCGGUUUGGAGCAGAAGCAGAGUGAAGUCAACGCCAAGCGAGAAGAACUCGCUCGCGGGGAGGAGGUGCAGAAGCACCUGUCUCGGCUUCUGCGGGAAGAGAAGCAGGAGGAAGAGCGGCUGGGCAUUCGCUGCAGCCAGCUGAACGGCAAUGCUCAGCAUUUGGACAAACAGAUGCACGAGGAGCUGUCGGCCAAGAGCCGGCUGGAAGAGGAGCAGAAGGACUUCAAGGCGCAGAUCAAGUUCCGCCAGGACGAGAUCAACACUCUGAAAUCCUCGAAGACCAAGCUGCAGAAAAGCCUGGAGGCGCUCCAAAGCCAAAAGGACAAGGACGACGCGGAAUCCAGACGGCUCGAGGCGCGCACCACGAGCAUGCGCGGGGACGUCUCCGAGCUCCAGAAGGAGCUGGAGCGCCUGAAGCGGGACUCGGAGGCACAAGAGAAGAUGAUCACCGACCUGACGCACGAGCGGGACAUUCUGGGCAAGGCUUUGAUGAAGGGCGACGACCGCUCGAAGCAGCAAGCCGAGCUGGUCGACCUGCACAAGGGCCAGGCCCAAACCCUCUCCAAGGACUUGCAUCGAUGGAAGUCUGAGCUGGAUUUGAAGCUGCAGCGCAUCCAUGAGCUGGACAGGCAGCGUGAGAAGUACGCCUCCGACUUGCAGCAGGCCAAGCAGCGCUGCGAGGCAGCGCAGGAGGAGCUGAGAGGCCGCGAGACGCAGAUGGGCCACCUGAAGCGCAGCAUCUCGGAGGUCCGGGCCAAGUGGGCCCAGCAGAAGAACCUCUACGAGGCUGUGAAGACGGAUAAGAACCUCUACUCCAAGAACCUGGUUGAGUCUCUUGAGGAGAUCAACGAGAUGCGGAAGAAGUUCAAGGUCAUGUGCCAUCAGAUCGAGCAGCUCAAAGAGGAGAUCAAAGAGAAAGACGUGGCCAUGAUCGCUGAGCACUUCAAGCACCAGCAGAUCAGCAAGGAAACGGAAAAGACCAAGCACACCUUGGAAUACCACGAGAAGCAGCAGACCAAGUCUCAGCAGGUCGUGGAGCAGCAGCAAACGGACAUCAAGAAGUUGGAGGCCACCAUCCAGGAGGCUGAGACGGAGCGGCAGAACCAGCGCAAGGAGUUCGAGGCGGUCACUUCGGAGCGGAACAUCUUGGGGAAGCAGCUGAUCCGCCGCAACGAGGAGCUCUCGCUGAUCUACGAGAAGAUCAAGAUCCAGGAAAGCACCUUGUCCAAGGGUGAGGCCCAGUACAAGAAGCUUCUGGACGGUCUCCAGCGGCAGAGACACGACAUUGCCUGGUUCAAGCGGGAUUUGUACAUCGCGCGGCAGCAGGCAGAGUCUGCUGGCAGCUUGGAGAAAGAAGUCUACCACCUGCAGCGGGAGCUUCUGCAAGAGAGGACCAAGGUGCGGGCGUUGUCCGAAGAGCUGGAGAACCCCAUGAACGUCCACCGCUGGCGCAAGCUGGAAGGCUCCGACCCCGCCAUGUACGAGCUCAUCCAGAAGGUGCGGACUUUGCAGAAGCGCCUCAUCGCGAAGACCGAGGAGGUUGUGGCCAAGGACCUAGAGAUCCAGGAGAAAGACAAGCUCCACAAGGAUCUGAAUGGCAUCUUGGAGAAGCAGCCGGGCCCGGAAGUGCUGGAGCAGUUGGAGCAGUACCAGGAGACGUACAACGCCAAGCUGAAGCAGAUGAAGGCCAUGCAGAGCGAGCUGCAGACCUACCAGUCCCAGGUGUCCGACUACAAGGAUGAGAUAGACAGACUCAGCCGCGAGUUGCAAGAGGUCAAGAAGAAGUUCUACGACCAGAAGAAGCGCGAGAUGAUCCAGCAGGAGGCUCAAAGAGGCGAUGGACGUGCAAUCCAUCCACGGCCUGUACCGCAGGUGCGCUACAUGGGGGGCCUCUUCAGUCUGGCACACUGAGGCUGGUGACAUCCCAGAUCCGGCCCCGACUGUUUCACCCGUUUCAGUUGAAUUUGCGCAGAUGGAACCCAGUCGCAAAGGCUCAGAACAGAAUCAACCCUACAAAAAGGGCCACUUGCGAGGGCGGAAAUGCCAAAACGCAUUCCGCCGCCCCGUCUCACUUGUCUCACAUCGCGCCAUGCAGCUCUCAGUCUCGUGUCUGCCCCAUCAGCUC